AUGAUAAACUGCCUAUUACAGUUGAAUGGUAGAUUGAAUUAUUUAAAAAAAUAUUUAUUAUUAAUAAAUUUGUUUAAUUUAAAAAAUAAGGAUAUAAAUUUUAUAUUAGUAAGAAAAGGUUUGUUUGUAUGUGGUCUUAGAAAAAUGGAAAAGGAUGAUGUUGUGAGUAGUACCCCUGCAGCUACGGAAGAAGCUGUGAUGAAUGAUAAGAAGAAAGAGAAGAAGGCUAAAAAGCUAGCUGAGAAAGAAUUAAAGUUAGCUAAGAAAUUGGAAAGAGAGAAUUUAAAAAAUGAAGCAGCAAAAGUAUUAGAUUAUGUUUGUGAAGAUAUAAAUAAAGAUAAUUAUGGGUAUAUAAAAGUAAGUACAUUACAAAAGUAUGCAGAUAGUAUUAUGGAAUUAUAUAAUUUAGAAGAUAUAUAUAAUUUUUUUGUAAAAUCAGAAGAUUGUGAAAAUGAGAAGAGAGAAAUAUGUGUUGAUAAAAAUGUAGGUGAUGUAAAAGAUGCAUAUAAUGAAGAAAAUUUAUUAGGAAAGAAGAAAAUAUGGGUAAGAGGAAGAAUUCAUGAUAUUAGAUCAAAGGGUUCGAUUGCUUUUAUUAUAUUAAGGCAUAAAUUAUAUUCCCUUCAAUGUAUAUUAGAUAUAAAGAAUAAUAAUAAUGAUAAGAAUAUGAUGAAAUGGGUAAGUAAUUUAUCUUUAGAAUGUAUUGUUGAUAUAUAUGGAGAGAUUAAAAAACCUGAGAUACCCAUUGAUAGUACAAAUAUAAAAUAUGAAAUUCAUAUAAAUAAAAUAUUUUGUUUAAGUAAAACUAUGAAAGAAUUACCAUUUUUAUUAAAAGAUGCUAAUAUGAAAGAGACGAAUGAUGAAAUAACAAUAAAAGUAAAUCAAGAUAAUCGAUUAAAUAACAGAUGCUUUGAUUUACGAACAUAUGCAAAUUAUAGUAUUUUUUCCUUACAAUCAGUUAUAUGUCAUAUCUUUAGAACCUUUUUAUUACAGCACAAUUUUGUUGAAAUUCAUACACCUAAAUUGUUGGGAGAAAGUAGUGAAGGUGGUGCUAAUGCUUUUAAAAUAAAUUAUUUUAAUCAAAAUGGCUACUUAGCACAAUCCCCACAAUUAUAUAAACAGAUGUGUAUUAACUCAGGUUUUGAUAAAGUUUUUGAAGUUGGUCCAGUAUUUCGAGCAGAAAAUAGUAAUACUUAUAGACACUUAUGUGAAUAUGUAUCAUUAGAUAUUGAGAUGACAUAUAAAUUUGAUUAUAUGGAAAAUGUCCAUUUUUAUGAUUCUAUGUUUAAACAUAUAUUUAAAGAAUUAACUAAUAAUGAAAAAAAUAAAACAUUUAUUAAAACAAUUAAAAAUCAGUACCCAUCAGAUGAUUUUGUGUGGUUAGAUAAAACACCCAUUUUCACAUAUGAAGAAGCUAUUAAGAUUUUAAUAAAAAAUGGGAAAUUAUUUUUAAAAGAAGAAGACAUAUUAACAUAUGAUUUAACAACAGACUUAGAAAAGGAAUUAGGAAAAUUAAUUAAACUAUCUCAUAAUACAGAUUAUUAUAUUAUAAUAAAUUUCCCAUCAUCUUUAAGACCUUUCUAUACUAUGUAUAAAGAAGAUGAUCCUAAAAUAUCUAAUUCAUAUGACUUUUUUAUGAGAGGAGAAGAAAUUUUAUCAGGUUCUCAAAGAAUAAGUGAUAUGAAGUUAUUGUUGGAAAACAUUAAAUUAUUUAAUUUAGAUCCAAACAAAUUGAACUUUUAUAUAGAUUCUUUUGCAUAUUCUUCAUAUCCUCACUCUGGUUGUGGAAUAGGUUUAGAGAGAGUGCUUAUGUUGUUUUUGGGUUUGAAUAAUAUUAGAAAAACGUCUUUAUUCCCAAGGGACCCCAAGAGGUUGAUACCUUGA